AGACAAUCGAGGAGGAGAGCAACAUAAUAUAUUUACGAAAUUAAUGAAGAUCAAUCAUUGUUUGUGACAAGUUGGGGUGCUGGUUAUUUCUCCAAGAUCCUCUUUGAAGUGUUGUUUCGCCAAAGUUGGAGAGUUGGAGGAAUUUCUUGAUUAGAAAAAAGUCCAGUAAGUUCGGCGCGCGUCUUUUGCAGUCUAAAUAAACUGUCUCCACCAAUCCAAGUGUUUAAAAAGCAUGUGCAAGGCGCUUGCGCUAUGUUACUGUGAGUUUUUUUAGUCAGAUACAGAAGAAAUAACAACAAAGAUCAUGAACGAUACAUCAGCAAUACCCACUACCUCAGUCACAGCAGUUCCACUACCUAUGAGCAGUUGUAUUAUACGAGUGCUUGUAACCAUUUCUUUUCUUAUUGGAAUAGUAGGUAACUCUAUAGCUUUGGUGAUACUAAAGAGAUCAGCUAAGAGAAGAAAUAAGAAACAUGUUUUAAUGUUGCGAUGGCUGGCUGUUAAUGAUCUGACAGCUGCUAUUGGAAUGUUGCUCACAACAAACUUAAGAAGAUAUCAGGUUCUUCCAGAAUAUGGAACAUGUACAGCAUUAGUACUUAUUAGAGGAUUUGGUUUGGGAUCUGGGAUAGUUGCCUUAAUUAUGGCUUUAGAAAGAUGGUUUGCGCUAACAAGACCAUUUUUGUACCAUAAGUUGGUUACCUAUGAUGUACUGAAACGCACAUUAUGCUGCUUAUGGUUGAGCGCUUUGCUUUUGACCUAUUCUCCACUGUUUGGAUUUGGUCAAUACUAUAACUUCGAAAAUCAAACAUGUACGAGAUACAGAUUUGCAACUGUGCCUAAGCAUCAAAUAUAUGCUUGGCUUAAUUUUGCAGUCGGAUGUCUUGUUUGUUUUUGUAUAGCCUUGUGUAACAUAGCAGUGGUAUUGGAACUAUCCAAAAUAAGAUCUCAAAAUCGAGUAGUGGUAAGACGUAUUAGCCGCUCCUUGAUGGUGAAUAAUAGAACUGGUUGUCCAAGACAUCACCAAACCCCUGAGGAAGUGGCAUUUGCUAAGCUAAUGGCCUAUAUAUCUGUAAUAUUCUGCUUAUGUUGGUUACCCCAAAUGAUUACUAUUCCCUUAGCGCAGUUCUCCAUUAAUACUAAAGGAGCAGAUAUUUUUAUGAAAGUAGCAGACAUGAUGAUGGCAUUCUAUUUUACGUUGGAUCCGUUUGUUUAUGUACUUCAGCGGUACAUAGAGAAAGGCACUUUAGGUCUGCCCUGGUGCUUUCUCAGCCGCAGGAAAUCGACCUCCAGUUUGCCUACAACUACAACCACUGGCGGCGGAGACUCAGUUAAAUGGAGUACCCAGGAUACCAGCGGUUAUUUUUUAGAAUCGUAAUAUUGAAAAAUGAAAAAUUUUAUUAUUUUUAUUAUUUUGGUAUGUUUUAUAUAAAGUAUUAAUUAUUCAGGUAAUAUAAAAGUAAACAUGCAACCUAACUUAUUUAUAUUUAACGUAUUUUAUAUUAUUGUAUUUCUGUAGCCAUAUUGUUAAAAUCUAGAAUUUUUGUUAGUAUUAAGUUUUAUGAAUCACUAUAUAGUAUUUAACAAUUAUUGCAAACACAAAAAAGCUACACAACUCAUAAUUUGUGUGUAUUUCUGACAACAGACUGAUAUUUUUUUUGUGAUAGAAAGAUAUAGUUAUUAUAUUUAUAGUUAAUAUAUUUACUUUAUGCAAUGUAAACAUGUAUGUAUUUUAACAUAAAAUUAAAAAAAAAAAUUAAACAUA